CUUACCCUCCGUGCCAGUAGGUGUCCCUGUUUGACGGCCACCGUCCUCCUCCCUCCAGCCUCCUCCUCCCAUCCACCAAACGUCCGCGAAAGGUUUUGCAUUUUGAAGGUUGAAGGCAAAGCAGCACCGAGUAGGGCCCACCUGGCUCGACAAGUCAGGAAAGAAGCCUCCUGAAGCCGAGGCGGAACGCCUCCACCCAGGCUCUCCCUCCCUGAGCUGACCCCCACCGAGGUCCUGUCCUCCUCCUCCGGGGAGGAAUUACCGCACACGCACACGGACAUCCACGGGUCAAAACCCGCUUUGAAGAAAGUUCGGCGACACGACAAAAUGCGGCUGUGUUGUGGCGUAGCUCCUCUUCAAGGUCAGAUUCUGAGCGACGCCGCUUGUGGAGCCACUUUGCCGGCCACUCGGAAGGGACAGAGAGGCGUCGAGGAGAUGCCGCUGAUCGUCGCUUGUCUCCCGCAUCAGCAAUGACACCUUUCGCCGGUGAGGACAUCUACAGUCGCAGAGUAAACUUGUAAAAGCUCUGGAAAGGGAACAAGUGGAGCUUUUUUACAGCAGCGACAUUGUGUGGUUUUUGUUGUUUAUGAGCGACUAUUAAUUAUCUUGACGUUUCCUGCUUCCUUCCUCGGCCUCGUCCUCGUCCCCUCACCUGGCUAGCAAGACGCUUCCCACCGGCUAGCUCAGCUUCCUGGAUCCAAACGCCUUCUCGACGGUUCCACGCUUCAACACUCGCUCGGUUAAUGUGGCGAAGUUUGAAACGACAAGCUGCCCGACUUCCUUGAACUUUAAGGCGUUUCUACGUCCACCAGCCAUGCCGCCACGGACAGGCUCUCGGCACCCGGGCGGCAUCGGUAGCAGCUUGCCGGAGCGCGGGCUGCUCUUGCUGGUCCUCCUGGUGCUGCUGGAGGGCUCCGUGCUGUCCCUCGGCGCCGCCAGCUCGCCGGAUGUCGGCCACCGAGAGGACUCGGACGUCCACGCCGUGGCCAAAGAGAGCCACAACUUCACGAAGAAGGCUUUCCCGGUGCUCAGCUUCGAGUACGAACACAUCCAGACCCCCUUCGAGAUCUCACUGUGGGUCCUGCUGGCUUCUUUGAUGAAAUUAGGUUUCCACCUCGUUCCUCGCCUGCCAGGCAUCGUGCCUGAAAGCUGCCUGCUGAUCGUGGUGGGCCUUCUCGUCGGGGGGCUUAUAAAAGUGGCCGGACGGGAGGUCCCGCCCGUGCUGGACUCCAACCUGUUCUUCUUCUGCCUUCUCCCGCCCAUCAUCCUGGAUGCCGGCUACUUCCUGCCCAUCCGCCCCUUCAUGGAGAACCUGGGCACCAUCCUCAUGUUUGCCGUGGUGGGGACGCUGUGGAACUCCUUCUUCAUCGGCGGCCUGCUGUACGCCGUGUGCCAGAUCCAGCCCAACAAUCCAUCGGACCUGCACAAGCUGGAGCUCCUGCCUUGCCUGCUCUUUGGCUCCAUCAUCUCAGCUGUGGACCCUGUGGCCGUGCUGGCUGUCUUUGAGGAGAUUCAUAUCAACGAACUGUUGCACAUUCUGGUGUUUGGUGAAUCGCUGCUCAACGAUGCGGUCACUGUGGUCUUGUACCACCUUUUCGAGGAGUACUCUGGUGUCGGCACGGUGACGGUGAUGGACGGCGUGCUGGGCAUCAUCUCCUUCCUGGUGGUGGCGCUGGGCGGCGUCCUGGUGGGGGCCAUCUACGGCAUCCUGGCGGCCUUCACCUCACGCUUCACCUCCCACACGCGCGUCAUCGAGCCGCUCUUCGUCUUCGUGUAUAGCUACAUGGCCUACCUGUCGGCUGAGAUGUUCCACCUCUCAGGCAUCAUGGCGUUGAUAGCGUGCGGGGCGGUGAUGCGACCGUACGUGGAGGCCAACAUAUCCCACAAGUCGCACACCACCAUCAAGUACUUCCUGAAGAUGUGGAGCAGCGUGAGCGAGACACUGAUCUUCAUCUUCCUCGGCGUGGCCACGGUGGAUGGCAAGCACAACUGGAACUGGACCUUUGUCACCGUCACCAUCAUCCUGUGCCUGGUGGCGCGGGUCAUAGGCGUGGUGGGCCUGACGUACAUCAUCAACAAGUUCCGCAUUGUCAAGCUGACCACCAAGGACCAGUUCAUCGUGGCCUACGGCGGCCUGCGAGGCGCCAUCGCCUUCUCGCUCGGCUUCCUGCUGGAAAAGGAACACUUCCCCUUGAGGAACAUGUUCCUCACCGCCAUCAUCACCGUCAUCUUCUUCACCGUCUUUGUGCAGGGCAUGACCAUCAAGCCUCUGGUGGACCUGCUUGCCGUGAAGAAGAAGCAAGAGGCCAAGCGCUCCAUUAAUGAGGAGAUCCACACCCAGUUCCUUGACCACCUCCUGACUGGCAUUGAGGACAUCUGUGGGCAUUACGGGCAUCACCACUGGAAGGACAAACUGAACCGCUUCAACAAAAAGUACGUGAAGAAGUGCCUGAUCGCCGGCGAGCGCUCCAAGGAGCCGCAGCUCAUCGCCUUCUACCACAAGCUGGAGUUCAAGCACGCCAUCGAGCUGGUGGAGAGCGGAGGCGGAGUCAAGCUGCCAUCGGCCGUGCCCUCCACCGUUUCCAUGCAAAACAUCCAGCCCAAGAAGCCACCCCCUGCCAAACCCCUAGAGCGGGCCCUGCCUCAGCUGUCCAAGAGCCGAGAGGAGGAGAUCCGGAAAAUCCUCAGGAGCAACCUUCAGAGGACACGGCAGCGGCUGCGCUCCUACAACCGGCACACCCUGGUGGCCGACCCGUACGAGGACAACUUUGGCGACUUCCUCCUCAAGAAGGAAAAGAUGAUCGCGUUGGAGAAGAAGCUACAUGACAUGAAUAACUACCUGACCGUGCCUGCUCCUCUCCCCGACUCGCCCACCAUGUGCAGAGCCAGACUGGCCUCAGACCCUCAAGCCUACAGCGUGAAGCCGGCAUUGGGCAGCGUCCCCACCAUCCAGGUGGACCUGGCCUCACCCCAGUCGCCCGACUCUGUCAACAUGAUGGACGAGUUCCAGCGGGCGGGCCAGGGAGGGGUGCGGGAAGAAGAGGAGGAGGACGGAGGACUUAUGAUGAAGCCGCCCACCGGGCCCAACGAGUCCCGCCAGGGGGGCCACGCGGGCACCGACACCAGAGAGAAGCUGAUGAGGUGCCUGAGUGACCCGGGUCCACACGAAGACGAGGACGAAGACGAACCCUUCCUGCCUUAAAUGCGGCAGAGCGCGUGUGAAAAUGAGGUGUGUGUGCAGCCCCCCUUUGGUCAGACCGGAGGGGGCUCAGCCUAAACUGUGAGGUGGGGGUAAAACAAAAACAAAAACCAACCCAGCCCUCAGUUGUCAUCGCUCUUUGCUUUCUAGCGGUGAGACGCGAUGGCGGCUGCUGGACAUUCAGGACAGAACUAUGCAUUACCAAAGGGACUGUUAGCAUUUUGACAUGCUGGUCUUAUGCUCCCAAAAAAAACAACCUUCUGCUUGUGUCACUUGAAACUGUGCAAAGAGUCUCCUGGUGGACGGGUUUGCCUUAUUUUACGUCCUUGGGUGCUUUUUUCACAGCAGCGCUUUGCUUUGCUCCGCCGUUGAUGAGCUUUCUCCACUCAUCCUGGUUUUGUUGGGACAAAUUCCUCAUUUUUCUUUUUCUAAUAUUCAUUUGGUUUUAUUAGAAUUGUCUUCAUUUUUAAUUGUAUUUAUGUUUAUUCAAUCAAUUUCUCACUUUUCACCAUCUGAUGCCUUCAGGUGCCGCGUGGACAAAUUCCUCACUUUCCUGAUUUCUUUAUUUUUUUGAUGUAUAUAUUUUUUCCUUUUUUUUUUUUAACUAAAUCACUUUCUCACUUUUUUUUUUAAUUCAAUCAAUUCCUCACUUUUCGUGGAGGACUUGGCAUCAUCUGACGUGUGCACGUGCAGUGUAGGAUAAAUUCCUCACUCUUUUGUUUUAUUUUUUUACUUUUUUUUAAUUUAUUUUUCAACCAAUUUCUUCUUUUUUUAAUUGCUAGUAAUUUUAUUUUAUUUUAUUUUUACUCAAUUCCUCCUCAAUUAAUGGAGAACAUUUCACCGCUUGAUGCGCGCAGGUGCAUUGUGGGACAAAUUUUUCACUUAAAAAAAAAUCUUUUUAUUAGUAGCAUUUUUUGUGCUUGUUUUAUUUUUUAUUUUUUUUAUUUAUUUAAUUCAUUCAGUUUCUUGCUUUCAAUGGAGGACGUUUCACCAUCCAGUGCCUGCAGGUACAGUGUGGGACAAAUUCCUCACUUUUCCUUAUUUGAUUUGGUUUGCUUUUCUUUUCUUUUCUUUUCUUUUUUUUUUUUUUUGCUUUUAAAUUGAAUCAAUUUUCAGCGCAGGUGGAGAGUCAAUGUCAAGCGUGGAAGAGCGAGACAAUAACGUCGGUGUGAAUGUCACACAUCACGUUGAAUACCAAUUUGGGUGUUCAAAGUAGCUGCCCUUUAAAAGUCUAAAAGUCACCACCUUUUAGAUUUGUCACAAUCAUCGCUGUCUUAAAGGUGUACACACACAUUUCCUCAUUGCCUGUGCGGCGUUUGGCGUGUUUGGCAACAGGAUGUGUAUCUAUGCAGCCUAAGCGGCUAGUAAUUGUGUGGAAAGAGAAAUGGUGUAUUUAGCAGCCCUUUAAAGACGACGUGAGCAUGCAGAUGUUCUCUAAUCUACUCUUUCAUUAACACACAAAGUGGUUUGGAAAUCAACGCCUCACUGGCAAGGAAAGGAAAAAAACACUGAAUGAUGUGAAACUUUCACAGGAAGAAAUAGUUUUUAUUUGACCAGAAAAAAGAUGGAAUUUGACAAUCAUGAAAUGGGAAUAUUACAAGCAGAAACAACACAACCAGGAAUAUUCCAAGAAAAAAGGUGUAACAUUAAAAAUUCUUUUGCGUAAAAUAACUUGUCAUUCUCGUAAUGUUACAAUUAUUUUGUGUAAUCUUUAUUUACUGUAUGUGUACUGUACAGUUGUCCCUUGUUUAUGGCGGUUAAUUGGUUCCACACGGCGAUGAGUGAAUUUCCUCACAGUUGGAUUCAAUAUUAAUAAAAUAAAACCUGUUUAGGACUUUCUAAAUACAAUUACAAUUACAAUUAUUAGAGCCCUGUAGACACCCAAUAUAGUAGACAUAAUAAGAGAAAAUAAGACAUAUUGGGCAUAGUAAACCCAUUUUCAACCUUCUAAAUAUGGUUUUUAACAUUAUUAGGGGCCUCUACAAAUGAAAUAACACCCCUAUAGUCACCUUUACACUCCUAUUACCCAAUAUAGUAGACAUAAUAAGAGAAAAUAAGACAUAUUGGGCAUAGUAAACCCAUUUCCAACCUUCUAAAUAUGUUUUUUAACAUUAUUAGGGGCCUCUACAAAUGAAAUAACACCCCUAUAGUCACCUUUACACUCCUAUUACCCAACAUAGUAGACAUAAUAAGAGAAAAUAAGACAUAUUAGGCAUAGUAAACCCAUUUCCAACCUUCUAAUAAUAGCACUACUUUAUUCUUUCCAUUGCAACUUUUUUCUUUUUUCAUUUUCUUAAAAUCUUCUGACUUUUUGCUUGUCGUGUUACGGCUUUCUCCUCAAAAUGACGACUUUUUUCCCCGAAUGUAAUGACUAGGGGUGUCACAAGAUCUUGUGAGAUCAAAACGUGACAGGAGUUGUCAUCUCGCCUAGUGUCUGGUGGGCCCUCUUUUCGGUCACACAGCCUCGAUGGGGGGCGGCAGGGCAGUGCAGAUGAGUGUAACGUAGAAAUUAAAUGAGUAGAUUGCAAUAUACGUCUUAUAGUAUAUAUAUGUCUUAUAGUUUUUCUAUUUUUUCAUUGUAACUUCAUAAAAGUUAAAAUCUUGUCUCGUCUCGUUCUGGUAGACCCAAUCUCGUGUCGCCCGACGCCCUUGUUCAACAUCAUUUUUGUCCUUCAGACAUUUUUCUGAUCACGUGACUAGGCCCAGAAAAUAAUAAAUAAAUGAUUGAAUCACACAAUAAAUGAAAAAUGAAGUGGAUAAUCAGUAUACUGUAUCGCCAUGUUUCAGGAAGAGAGUUCACUCUGUGCAUUUCAGGGUGAAUCCUCCUUACAACUUCUUUCUGGGAAUAUUCUGACUUUUUUUUUUUUUGCAUGAUUACGAUGUUUUCUUGCAACUUUAGCACCUCCUGUUUGUCAUAUUACAACUUUAUCCCCAAAUUCUUUGACUCCAAUAUCACAACUUUAUGCUUUUUUUUUUCUGUAACUUGACAAGUUGUUCUCAUUGUUUGCCGCCUUUUGCUUUGUCAGUGUGGCUGAAUGAUUGACAGCCCAGCCCUGAUGGAGUUGUGUUGUGCAAGCAUUGCAGGAGAAGCAUCACCUUUUCCGUGGGAAGAAAACCUCCCAAAAAAACCUCGGGUGUAGGCGGUGACGAUGGCUCCAUCACUUUUUCCAAAGAGUGUUUUAUUUCAUGAAAAUGUUUUCAUACCAAAUGCGUGCGUCCUUGCAGGCAAACAUUCUCCUCGGAGGCCAAUGUUUGAUACUCGAAGCGGAAGCCAUACUUAGCCUCUUUUUAUCGCGUGCUUUACAGUUUAAGUGGGUGUUUUUGCCUUUCUUUUUAAUGAGAGCCUUUCAAAAAAACGGACUUGAGCGUCUCACCAGCGUUUCACCGUGUGCAUUUCAUGAUUUAACGUCUUUUGUCUUUUCUCAGCUUGCACCAAAGUCUGCUGCUUUUUUUGUUUUUAAACACAGUCGGUGUAGCGUACGUGUUCACUGUGCAUUACAUGAUGUGCUUUACGGGAUAUCGUCAUCGGGUGUUUACGUGGCUCCGGAGGCUGGUGUCAUGUUGACGUUCAUUCUGUAGACUUGCAUGACGCCACAAGGAGCACUUUAAUAACUCAGCAGAAGCUUUACCUUCAAACUAGACGCCAGCGAGAGCAAUAAGUGGCCACACGUCAUCACUUGGUGAGAAGUGUUAGUUAGCCAGAGAAACUUCUAUUGUCUUUGAAAGGUUGCUUUUCUCUGUGACUGUUUUUGUUAAAUAUAUAUAUAAAUAUCCAUAUCCAUAUCCAUAUAUAUAUAUAUAUAUAUAUAUAUAUAUAUAUAUAUAUGUAUACACGCACACAUUCAUGGAAACAUGUAAAUAUCUAAAGAGGGAAUAGUGUACCUAUUAGAAAUGUAUAUUAUUAUUCUAAUGUACACAAAACAACUCCUUAAUGAUUCAUCUUAAAGCUUUCAGCAUUCCAGUUCUGUCAUUAUAACUAACAAAGAAAGUAUCGAAAAUAAAAGUUUACUUUUUAA